AUGCCCGUUACCGAUGAGGACUUCUGUCACUGGCGCAGCAGCCGGCGGGCUUCCUCCCGCGCCGUCGCCGCGACCGGCGCCUCCUCGGCCGCACUCUCCUCCACCGCCGUCAAGCUGGAGCGCGGCGGCGUUGCUGCUGGACGUGUCCUGCUGCUGCUGCUGGACGUGUCCUGCUGCUGCCUUCGUGCCGGCGUCACCGAAGGUCAAGCAGAGGCGGAUAUGAGAAACCGUGAUGUUCAGGCAAUGUAUUGCCCCUGUAUAGAUUGUCUCAACCAGAAGAAGUUCGGACAACGGGACAACAUUUUUCAUCAUUUGAUCAGACGUGGUUUCACAAAAAAUUACACGUGUUGGAACAAACAUGGUGAGGAAGGCCUUAAUGAAGUCGAAGCAGGAUGCCUAAAUGAAGGUGAAGCGCGACACCAUGCUCAAGGCAUUAAUGAAGAGGCAGCGCGAUGCCAUGAUGAAGCCCUUGAUGAAGGUGGAGUUUUUGAGGAAAAUGAACCAUUCCCACCCUUUGUGAUGAGGCCUGAUGAUAUGACUGAUCAAGAAGUUACGGGCUUCGAUGAUGGUGAGGAGUUGCAACAUGUGCACAAUGUUGAUCAAAUGGUGCGGGAUGUUGAGUUUCAAGGAGUGUACACAACUUCUAAAUUAGCGAGGCUGAAGCAGUUCAUUGAAGAUUCAAAGAAACCCCUCUAUCCUGGUUGCCAGAAGUACUCUCGCCUUUCUGGUGAUCUAAAACUUUUGCAGCUUAAGGCAGAUCAUGUUUGGAGCAACAAAAGUUUCAAACAACUAUUGGAUCUGUUUAGAGACAUGCUACCUGAGGGAAACCAAGUAGCCGAGUCUGUCUAUGAGGCAAAGAAGAUAAUCUGUCCUCUGGGAAUAGAGGUUGAAAAAAUUCAUGCAUGCAAGAACAGUUGUGUAUUGUUCCAUGGAGAUUAUGCAGACUUUGACAAGUGCCCCAAGUGUGGGUGUGAUCGGUACAAGAGGAAAAAAGAUGGUGGAGAUGAUAAUGCUGAUGACGGGAAUGUGCCCGUGGAGAUUAGAGGCAAGAAGAAGGUUAACAGAGGGGGUCAUGUGAGGGUGGCAUGGCAUUUUCCCGUCAUUCCCCGGUUGAAAAGAUGGUUCACCACAAGAAAGAAGGCCCAACUCUUGCAGUGGCAUAAGGAAGGCCGAAAGAAGGAAAAUGACAAGCUUAGGCACCCCGCAGAUGCAGCACAAUGGGGUAACAUUGAUUCCCACUUUAAGUGGUUUGCUGAUGAUUGUAGAAACCUUCGGUUCGCUAUGACCACAGAUGGCGUUAACCCAUUCGGUAACCAGAGUUCAACACAUAGCACCUGGCCUGUCGUGCUGUCAAUGUGCAACCUUCCACCCUGGCUAUGCAAGAAACGGAAAUACAUGAUGCUGACAAUAUUAGUCUCUGGGCCAAAGCAACCUGGCGACCGUAUUGAUGUCUACUUGAGGCCACUAGUUGAUGACUUGAAGACACUUUGGAAGCCUGGUGUGAAGGAGGUUUGGGAUGAGUCCGGGCAUGAGGAGUUCACAUUGCACGCCAUGUUGUUCACCACCAUCAACGACAACCCGGCUCAUCGCAACCUCUCCAGCCAGAGUAAAAGGAAAGGUGCAGCUUGCCCACAUUGCUUGGAAGAAACUUGCUCAUUGUGGCUAAGAAAUUCAAAGAAAUUUGCAUUUAUGGGGCACCGUCGUUUCCUCAGCAAGAAACAUCCCUACCGGGACAUGGAUUGUCAGUUUAAUGGGAAAAGGAGAAUCGAGCGGCGCCUCUGCAUGUGA